AGGAGCAUAUUAGUUGGAUAUUAUGUGGCAGUAACAAAUUUCAAAUUAUGGAGAUUGGCAAAAAGUGCAUAAUUGCUGAAAGGAAAACUUGACUGUAUGAUCAAAUUGAUUAUUCAAUGACUUAGCAAUAUACUUUUUAUGUAUUUAUCAUCUUUGAAAAUCAGAAAAAUGAAAAAUUAAUUUUAAUAAAUUCUCAUCAACAAAAUCAAAGUAUAUCUCAAACUUCUUCAAAAUAGGUAGACAUGAAUUACUUUCUUAAUUGUUAUCAAAACUAUGGAAAUUAUCACUGGAAGUGUGCCCCAAUUGACACCAAUUAAAUUGCCCAGCAAGGACUAUGAAAACAGGUAGGGACAUUGAGCAACCAAUUACUCUACUGUCUAAACUAAACACCUUGUAAUCAACUAUCUGUGAAGGAUGAGCAACUCAAAUUAUACCAUACUGACCAAUGAAGUACCUAAACUUUGAAUUUGAGUUACUAAACUUUACAAACUGACCAAUGAAAAGUCCAUUCUAUGUCCAAUGCCAUUUCCUACUCCAACAAAAAGCCCUGACACCUGAGCUUUGGCCAUGGCAUUUUUCUGCAAAGUUCAGAUCUUCAGUUAUUAAGUCAACCACUAUUUGUGAGCCUAAGAAAUUGGAGUACAAUGGAUGCACACCAUAUUGCUUAUAACUACAUUGACGAUAUCGAGUCCGAUCUUGAGAAACCUGUGCCACCUCCUCAUCAGCCUCCAUUGAUUGACCUCUCGGAGAUCGUUGCCACAACAAUUCUUAGUGAUGAAUCCAAGGACUCCUUCUUGAGUGAUGACCUUGACAACCUGACCGAUUUGUUUGACCCCUCAAAGGAAAGUACAGACUUCAAUGAAUCUAGUGUAUCCCCUGACCAUGUUGUGCUGUGCGGUGACAAAUAUCGCGUGCGACAUCGCAGUGCUUUGUCUAGCUGCGAAAUCUUGGAAUUAGAAGAAACGGACAAUUCGAUAACAACUAACAAGAGCCAACCUCGCAGUGCUUUGUCUAGCUGCGAUAUCUUGGAAUUGGAAGAAAUGAACAGUCCGAUAGCAACUAACAAGAGCCAACAUCGCAGUGCUUUGUCUAGCUGCGGUAUCUUGGAAUUGGAAGAUAUGAACAGUCCGAUAGCAACUACCAAGAGCCAGCCAAUGACAUCUACACCUAUUACCACUCAUACACAGGCAAAGCAAUCAACAACUCCAAACAACAACAGCUUUUUAGGAGAAUCUCGCUUCAACGAUUCGCUCACCAAUCUUCUUGGAUCCCCUCACCCUCAAAGUUCAUUCUACAACAAUCCCUUCUUCAAUGACCUUCAAGCUGUCUUAGCCAGUGAUUGCAUUUCCGGUAAAGAGUCGCUUCCACAAUCACUCUUUGAUGCCUUGACAACAGAGCCCAACAGUAACGUUUUCUCCAGAGAGCAGUCGAUACAGGACCGCUUCAACAAACUUUCGUGUUUCUUUCCCGAAGAUGUUCAGAAACUUUCUGAAUUUUACCAUCAACAAGCAUCAGAUGUGGAAACAGAAAGAUUCUGUGCUCUGCAACAGAAGAAAAUGACAAAAGACGCAAAAUAUGCCAUGAACUUACAUUACGAUAAUCAACUUCAUCAAAUCAUGGAUCGUGUUGAACAGAGUCUUCUGCUGCUGGAGAAGACCCAGCAGAUGAACUACUCUUCUCGACAAAUCAAACUUCGUCCUCUCCUUUCCAAGAAAGCAGUCCAGCUGAUGGAGAGCUGGUACGACAAUCAUCUUGAACAUCCCUAUCCAAACCCUGAUGCCAUUGACAGGCUGUCUGCUGCAGGGGGGGUCACAGCUGAGCAAGUAAAGAAAUGGUUCGCCAACAAACGUAAUCGCUCAAACAACACUCGUUCUCUCACUGAAAUUGCCAAGAAGAAGCGACAACUUGCCUUGAACACCAUGGACUGUUUCACAAAUACUAGUUGUGACAUAUAAACAAUGUCGAGUUGUUUUGUUAAAAAUUCAAGUGCUGCUCUGUAUGUAAAUCAUUUGUUCAUAUAAAAUAAGCUGCUAAAUUUGUACACUCAUUAAUAUGUUGAAGUUUAUUAGAAAUUAAAAGCAUUGAAGCUUCAGACACUGUGUAUUUAAUCAUUGUGACUGCUGUCCUGAACUUGUUCUUCAGCAAGUAACAUGAUUUGAAACAGUACAAAACUUGUGCUGUGAUCAAAUACAUCCACAAAAGUCUUGCUGGAGAAUGGAGUUUUUUUCAACAGUUGCUUAUUCAAUAACUUUUUAAAAGAAAUAUGCAUGACAAACUGUAAAUUGCAUUCUAAUUGGAUGUAAUCCAUCAAAAACAAGGAAUUAGAUAUUGAUGUUGCAUGGAUCCAAUAUUCUAGCUGGCAGAAUCUGCUGAGUGUAAAGAGAGGUGGAUCAUAAAGUUGGGCUUGUGAAGGUGUCUUUAAAACAUAAUUUUUUUUUUUACAAAGAUAAAAUUUAGAAAAAAAGGUAUUCUAUGAAAAUUGUUUAAAAUUCCCAGAUCUAUGAGCAGUGUAUGAACAAUGAUCUUGUUUUAUGAUUUUUAACAUAUGAAAUUCCAUUUAUAGAUACCAAUGAAUCUGCAUGUACAUGCACAACAGAAAGACAAUUUUUUGGGGGGUAAACUUCAUAUGCUGAACACACACACACCCCCCCCCAAAAAAAAAAAAGAAAAAGAAGGCUUUGAAGUUUUAUUCCUUAUUAAAGGUAAAUGUACAGUACAUUAAAAUUCUGAUUUCUGAAAUAUAUAAAGCACCUGUCAUUGAUAUUGACAAUGAAUAGCUUUUUCUUUUUGCUUGUAACUCUUAAAAAGCAAUAUUCACUUUAUAAUUCUGAGAAAACUUUAAUCAUUGGCAAAUGAACAGAAAACAGCAAGUUUAGUCUUCAAAUCAAUUUUAAAAUGAUCAGUAACCAAUUCAACAUCACAAUUAAUUUAGAGAACAAAUCACUCGGGUUUCCUACGAUUUAUUUGAAUUUACAGAAAUUUACACCAAAAUACAUCUAGAACAUGUAUAAAUGAAAAUUUUAGCAAAUACGAAAACAAAAUUGUACCUCAAACCCACUGAGCUUUAAUGUAGACUCCUCAAUUCUUCCAAGUUUAAAAAGAACGGAAACCAUAUUUACGGAAGUGCAUUUCAGAAAUUAAAUACAUAUUUCAGAAUCAAUAUACUGUACAUAAGAAGGAUGCGAAUAUUGACUGACUGACAAGUCAAUGUUGCAAUCACUAAACACUAGGCAUUACGCAACAUUUAUAUAACCAAUUCAAUAUCACAAAUAAUUACUGCAUCGUCUGAUUAUCCGUCAAGAAGCCUACCCCUGAAACAAACCACUAUUAAAAUACAGCACAUCGGUAGUACAUGUAGUAGCAUGCUAAUCAAAAUGGGAUGCUUUGAUCUGCUCACGUCAAUCAUUACACAAGGAUACUAUUUUAGCAUCACACCACUACACCAGACGUUUCCUGUUAAAAAUUGUAAUAGAUUACCUGCUAAAAUAGGCUUCUGAAGUUCAUAGUUUUUAUCUCCAAGAAUAUUAAAAUUAUAUUGGUUUUAAGAAAAACAGCUUUAAACACAGGAUCAGAUAGCACACAAGUCAGUAGCUGACUAAUGAUGCUCCGAGAAAGAAAACACAGGAUCACAUAGAUAACACACAAGUCAGUAGCUGACCAAUGAUGCUCCGAGAAAGAAAACACAGGAUCAGAGAGAAAACACACAGGUCAGUAGCUGACCAAUGAUGCUCCGAGAAAGAAAACACAGGAUCACAUAGAUAACACACAAGUCAGUAGCUGACCAAUGAUGCUCCGAGAAAGAAAACACAGGAUCAGAUAACACACAAGUCAGUAGCUGACUAAUGAUGCUCCGAGAAAGAAAACACAGGAUCAAAUAGAAAACACACAAGUCAGUAGCUGACCAAUGAUGCUCCGAGAAAGAAAACACAGAAUCAGAGAGAAAACAAAAUGACCAAUGAUGCUCCGAGAAAGAAAACACAGGAUCAGAUAGAAAACACACAGGUCAGUAGCUGACCAAUGAUGCUCUGAGAGAGAAAACACAACUAGGACAUAAAUAUGAACUUUAAUCUUCAUGUUGUUAAAAGAUUUUCAAUAGCAGUCCAGUUUUGAAUCAUGCAAUUAAGAAAAAGUGAUUUAUCCUUCAAAUGCCUAAUUCCCUCCCUCCCUUUAUAAUAGAUGUUUAUCAUAAAAUCAUACAUGCCAGGAUUUUGAAUUGUAAAAGAGGAAGAUUUUAUUUGGCAUGCAUACAUUUUUCACAAUAAGCAAAUCCACUUCUUUUUUUUGAUUGAUUAAUACCCAGAUACGUUUUAUAUUGGUUCCUAAAAUGCUGGUCGCAUUGUUUUUUAUUCUUCUGACCGCUAUUCGACUGGUCUUCAGAGUCAUCGUCCAUGCUUUUUUACAAACUAAAAACGUUUGAUCCUCUGUGCGUUUGACAUUACAGGACAACUUCAACACAAUUACAAUUGCUUACAUGAUUGUAAGUAUAAAAUCAGAAGCAGUAACGGACGAAUCAGAAAUCCGGAAGAUAUCUUUGGAAACGUGUAGGGCGUAUUUCAGUCACGUUUUCCGUACAUGGCAUGUAGGUAAAAUGUGGUAAUUUUUGAUCUACUGCUUUCUAAUAGAAAAUGAUCAUGCUUUUAAUAUGUAUUUUACUGCAUUUUAAAGAAUUGUUUGCCCAUUAUGUAAUGAAAUAGCACAAUGUGGAGAUGCAAUUCCUGACAUGCACAAGGAUUACAAACCAGUUAAAUAUUUCAGAACAAAACAUACCAAAAACAAAAACAAAAAAAGAAGAAAAAACCAAACAAAAAGACCAUGUGUCCUUUGAUCAAUAAAUCUGCACAUUGCUAAUUUUAAAAUAGCUUUUGUUGCACUACAUGUAAAGUAUAUGUAAAACUAAAAUUGUAAAUGUUUUUGCAGACAAAAAACUUCUUAAUACUAUUCAAAGUUUGAUUGGUGGCAAUAAAUCACCAAGUAUUCAAAGAAACCUUUUUGAAAACACUUAUUUUUCUUACAAAUUAGCAUAUAUACAUAAGUUAGAUAUCUGAGCACAAAAAAAUAAUAAUAAUAUACAUGUAUAUAAAGAAUGGAUAGAGAAAAUGUUUACCAGUUAAUGCUUUAAAUCACAAACAAAUUGAUUGAACAGUCAAUAUUGACUUACUCAAAUUUAAGCUACUCAGAAGCUAUCAUAAAACUCAACCAAUCAGAAGACAAAUGUCAACAAUUCAAACUUCUAUAGUUCAAACUUCUUAAUGGUGGGAAAAUUUAACUUUAAUGAAAGAGAUUUCCUCUACUCAUACCCCUCUGUUUUAAAACUACA